CCGGAGCCUCCAGAUCUCAGAGACUCUCGAUGCAUCCUCACCCGGUUUUUCAUCCUCGUUUUGGCUUCGUCGUAGGUGUCGGGAGCACCAGGGCCCGCGUGCCCAGAGAACGCUGUAUCGGAGGUCAGGGCCCCUCGCGCGCCUGGACGGGGGGGCGCCCCGACGCCAGCGGGAGGUAUGCCGCCCUGUUGGCGUCCGGGUCUUGAGCUCGUGUGUGUGUGUGUGCGUGUGCACUUCCGCCCUCCUGUGUCCGAGCAUCGGCCUCUGCCUCGUGAUCUCCGGCCUCAACGGGCUCCUGUUCUUCAUCUCGCGCCUCUGGCGUUGUCACCGUGAGCCAGCUCCAGCAGUCGUGCGGGCUGCCCCUGUGGUGGUUCAUGUUCACCGUGGGGGCCAUCACGUUCAUCACCUCGGUCGCCUACUUCCUGGUCGCGAAUGUUGAGGUGGCGAGUGACACCGAGUGGUUCAGCUAUGGCAUGGGUGCCACCUUCUUCAACGCUGGGCAGAUAGUGUCGUCCCUGUGGGGUUUCUGGAUAGUCUGGCAGGCGAGGAGUGACGACCAGUGCCAACACCUCGCCGAGGUGGCUCUGUGGUACACCGUCAUCUGCGCCUUCAUGUUCUUGUUCAUCACCGUGGUGAGCUUCCUCGUCCUGAAGCUUGUCUUCCUGCCCAGCUUCGCGAUCCAGGUGCUGAGCCUGCAGGACUUCAAGUAGGCCGCCGCGGCUGGUGCUGCCACCGCGCCUGCGGCCAGAUCGGAGCCUCACGUUCCGGGCGCCGUGCCGAGCUUGCAGAACCUCGAGCACAAGCAGGCCGCCGCGGCACGGCGGCCGCCACCGCGCCUGGCUGCACGAGCCUCUCCGCUCUGCUGCGCGCUGGCGGCAUGCGCCGGCGGGCUGGCUGCACGUGGCCUGCGGUACCGUCGGCACUGCGCCGCGCUGGCCCGCGGCCCAUCGCGCGGCCACGUGGGAGCUUCGCGCCGGGCGCCCUCGAGCCUCGGCGCCGGGCUGGCCCCUGCCAGCCCCGGCGGCGCCCGGCCCGCCCCGAGGACCCCGCAAGCGCGCGCGCGAUCAAUGCGGAGGUUGCGGCGGAGUUUGCGGGCGAGAGCGGAGAAUGAGGGCCUGCGGCGGACGCUUCCCUCCUCGGCCUCCCUCUCCGAGGCGGGGGAGGACGACGACAAGGAGGAUGGGAGGAGGACGUGUACGGGAUCUUUACGCGCACGAACUUCACCCAUGGACACCUGCGUGUGAGCCGCCUGGCAUCUCGCCGUGCGCCUUCGGCUAAAAAUUACAUAACAUGAUCUGGUUUGACGUCUGUGUGCAAUGUACGGUCAGGAAUUUUGGCUUCGCUGGUCGCGCCGCCUGUUCUGGCCACCACGACUCGGCGCGAGACGCGUUCCACUUCCC